GUCAUGGCGGCUGUUGGUGGUCUGAGUUCUAUGCGUUGACAGUCUUUCCAUGUGCCCGAUCUGAGUGCUGCGACGUGUGCUUCUUCGCGCUCCUCGGAUGCUCACUUCACCAGGUCACUCUACCGUAAACGUUCACACUCGCGCGCCGAGUUCGGUACGACUGCGUAAACGCCGCCCGAAAGCAGUGCCGUCCCUCUCGGAGGGGUGCUCCAACGGACAAGGAACGAAACACGACGUGACGACGGCCGCUUCGUCGAAACAACCGCCUCCUCCGGGACGCCUUCGAAGGAGUUCAUCAACAUCCGUCUCCUUUAACUCAUGGCGCUCAGACUGUGGUCACGGCGCGGCGUGUUGCCGUUACGGACGCUUUUGGGGCGCGUCCCCGGCGACGCCGGGAACGUCGAGGUCGCCGCCUUCGAUGUGGUGCUGCCCCGUCCGUCGCCAAGCCGCGUGUGGCGCGUGUCGUGUAUUUCGACGGGCGCCGGAGGCGGCGGUGAUCGCGGUGCCGAUGAGUCGGUGGCGACCAGGCCCCUAUUUCUGCGUCAUAGGACGCGCGUGCAGAGGACGCGCGAGUCUCUGGCCAAGACAGGACGUUCGCUACGAGCCACGCGUGAUAAAGUGACAGAGAAUGUCGAACAGACCAAGAGGAUCGUCACCGAGCGCAUGGGACAUCUGCGGGAGAACAUCAUGACCAUACCUAAUGCCCUGUCACUGGCGCGGCUCUGCUCCAGCCCCGUCCUCGGCUACCUGGUGGUCACCGAGGGCUACACUUCGGCCCUGGUCCUCUUUGCCGCGGCUGGAGUCACCGAUGUGCUUGACGGCUGGGUGGCGAGGUCGUUCCCCUCACAGCAGAGCAAUUUGGGCACUGUAGUGGACCCCCUGGCGGACAAGUGCCUGGUGGCCACCCUCUUCCUCAGCCUCACAGUGGCGGGGCUCAUCCCUGUUCCCCUGACCGCGCUCAUUGUGACCCGGGACAUCACCCUCGUGGGCUGCGCUGGCUACCUUCGGUUCGCCUCACUUCCUGCACCUCUCUUCUCUUUGCAGAAAACAUUUCUGAGGUUCUUUGACGUAAGCUUGGCAACCGUCAAGUUCACACCCACAAGCAUCAGCAAGGCCAACACUGCCGUGCAGCUGGGACUAGUGGCGGCCACGCUAGCUGCCCCCGUGUUUGGUUUUGUGGAUCACGGUGCCUUGCACGCCUUCUGGUAUGUCACAGCGAGCACAACAUUGCUGUCUGGCUUAACGUACCUGUUUACGAAAGACGCUUACCAGUUCAUCAGGAAGGACAAGUCUUAGCCUCUGUAAGGGCUGAAGUUACGUUAUGAACAUUUAUGCCGUGGGAGUUCCCGAGUGCAUCUGCUUGCACAACUAUACGUAGUACCCAAUUGUUUUUUGUUAUAGUUGAGCUGUUUUUGUCGUUGUGAAACAAAUAGCGAAAUUGUUGUUUUUGUUACAAUGAAAAGGGCGAUUUUGUCUGUUGGUAGUUUGAUGGACUUUGUAAGAUACACAGAUUUUUGAAAGGCAGUUGUGCGGUUUGUUCAUUUCUUUGCAUGUGGCCACACCUGGUAAAUAUCAGUAGUGGCAUUCUUGCAGAAGCAUGUUAAGUUUGAUGAAUUCAUCUUGACUAUUUUACUGGUGUUUAACUGGGCCACUUAAGACAAUGGUUUUCUGUCUUGAUAGACGACUUACGUUGCUGUAAUACAACUGCUUCACUGUAACGAUGCUGCUAUCGCGAGGAAAGUGUGGCCUUGUAUGGCUGGCAUAUUCCUGACUGUGCACUGAAAAUAGUAUGUGCGGGGCAUGGGUGGCAUCUGACGGGCUAGUCACUGGUUGGAGUUGGCCUGUGAUGGUGUACCGCUGUUUUCACAUUAGAUCUCGCACUCGUGUUAUGAUUACAGCAGCGGUUAGUCAGGGAUGUAGAGGAUGUGAGGUGGCAGUGUUGUGUAGCUGUAUUGGCGUACAGUUGCGGAGAUGUGUUGGAUAAAAAAAUGUUCCAUCCACAGGUAUGUGGCAAGACUCUACUAAAAGAAAUCGCAGGGGUUUCCGAAAAGUUGGUGCUUCCAAGUGUAAAACUUCGUAGUGUAAAAAAGAAUUGUUCUGCUCCGUGGAUCAAAGCUGGGACCUGUACCUCUCUGGCUUUCCGGUUCGCUCGAAUGGUACUGUGACUGCCCAGCAAAGACAUUGCUCCCAGGCUUCAUGCUUGAUGGAGUGAAGUUUUUUUCAACUGCGGAGCUUUCUUUUUAAGAAACGCACAAACAUUUUUCUUACAGCUUCGUGUUAUAAUCAUAUAGAUGACACCUUUUUUUCUAUCAAAUAAUUAGGACAGCAGAGUCAUUUGCAUGCGUUUUUGAGUGGUCCAGCUUUGCUUUGGAGCUACUAUAUCCAUUGGUCGCAGAAAGUCUGCUUUACUGAGUUGAAGUGCUCAAAAUAGAGGUUGAAAUUGUUGUUUUGUGCCUGAUUGUUGCGCCUAAUAAUGUACAUAUUCAGAUAAAUGAAGAGUGAGGUUGGCCAGCGCUUUGGAUAUUUCUUGUAACGCUGAAAAGCACUUUCCUUUUUCACUUAUUCAUUGUAUAUAAGCUUUGUAAACCUCAGGGGUGCCCUGUUCAUGUUCAGGAUGCAUGGGUGGGCUGGUUGGUAGCGUUUUUUUGUUCUUGUUGUUGUUUGGGAAACUUUGAGCUCAACUGAAAAGACACUGCAUGAAGAGUGUGUAGGCGCUUCAACUUUUGAAAUAGAAUGUAUGAUUGUAUUGCAUAGUGAUAUCUUCGAUGAAUUUUUGACAUUUUGGAAAAAAACACUUGUGCUUAUUGUAGAUUUCA